UUUCCAAAUUUCCGGAGCUAGUCUGAACCAUCGCGAUUUGGGGCAGAAGUGUUUGCGAUCAUGUUGGAACCGUUGAUCGUCCUCACGGUUCUGAACUGCCUCUUCAUGUUCAGCUCGACGAUGACGACGUGCGCGCUGUGGUGGCAGUAUCGCACUCACCGGUGCUGUUUCCGACGAGACCCCGCCAACCAGGCUGCCAAACACGCUCAGUCGAAACAGAAAGCCCCCUACGCGAAAGUAUCCAAAAGGGCGGAGAAACCGAAGCAUGAAAACGGUAACGAGAAAGGCUCUGUAAACGACUCUGUAAACAGCUCCGUAAACGGCUCUGCAAACGGAAACGGCAACAAUCGGGACAGAUCCAACUCCGUGGCGCACCGCGAGGGUAAAAGCAGAAGGAACUCGAAGCUGAAGACGAGAUCGAACUCGAAGAACUGGUUCAGGAACAAAUCCCACAGCGCCGAUCCCGCGUCUUCCUUAUCGGAGACCUUGGAAAUCUGGGAGAUACAGGAGAACGACAGGAUGUCGGAGGGCGCAGGCAGAAUGUCGGAGGACGCGGGAAGGAUGUCGGAAGACACAGGAAGGAUGUCCGAGGAGACUGCAAAGAUGUCUGAAGCCUCGCAAACCGGCACCGAGGCGAAAUCGGCUGUGGUGAUGGAGUACUCGACUGUUCAGAAGAUCGUGCAGAUACUGGAUGAUACCAGUGAUCUUGACGCAACGAGGAUAGCCAUCAGAGACUUCAACGCCAGACACAAUCCCGAGAGGAAGAUACAAGAGUUAAACAUCGAGCCGGGAAACGAGCCUCGAUCUCCCAUUUGCACAACGUUACCGCAAACUUGAUCUAG